GCGCCGAGUACUUCCCACCGCACUUGGACUAAGAGCUCUCGGCGCUGCCAUGAAAUACUCGCGAGCACCCUCGGACGAAGAGCUCUCGGAUGCCUCUUCCGAACCUGGGCGCUGCGAGAUGCUGCGAUCGAGGAUGCCCAAGUGGGGCUGCUGCGCAUGGUUCGGCAUCACUGUGCUUUUCUUGGUGCUCACUUCAGAACUGAUAGCAUGGCUGAGACAGCCGACCUGCAAUUCUGCCUCUGAUUUCAUUUGGAAUGAAGUCAUCCCACCCAAUACUGUCAGCCAAAUUGAUCGAGAAGGCUUGCGGCACCUGUGGCAGCAGAUUGAUGUCCUGGGACUGGCCACCAAGCUCUGGCAUUUCAACGUGUGGAUGAAUUCCACGAGCGCCGUGAGCGCAUCUGACAGCUUGGGAUAUUGGUCCGAUGGGCAUCUACUCUUCGGACUCGUGGAGAAGAUUGCCUUUGUGGAUCAACAGGGUCGAACGUCCCUGGAGGGUCACAAGGUCGGUGGCCCCUUUGGAUCCAACUUCCAAGUCUGGCUUUGCUCCAGCUCCCAUCGCGCCACGAGCUAUGAGCUCAGUGUGGAGACGCAGCCGUGGUCCUUGUCCAAGCCUGGACUCACCGUGGUCUACAACAUCCACGAGAUGCCCAGUGGCGGCGAAGGUACUUUGGUGGCAAAGGCCCACUUUGAUUUGAAAACGAUGAAUUUCUAUUCCCACAAGUCUCAUUGGGAAGCUUUGGUGGAGACCCCUGACGAGAAGGAGCUCAUUGGCUCAGUCACACAGAACACCUCCUCUUUCAACUCCAAAUGGUUCGUGGCCAACCAGCGCCCCGUGUCUCGGAGCUGCGGAAAGUCCGGUGAGAACUUGUGGUGCCGCAUUGAUCGGACACCGCUUAGUUAGCUAAGACGGGCUGCGUGAUUGUAACAAGAAGCUACUAGUCACAAGGGCAUCGCUGUCACAUUUCAGAGUGCCCAGAGCACCCACGCAAACCAAGCGACUUUCAUCAGUCCGUUCGUGUAUCACUCGGGUGGGCCCCCUGCUCUUGCCGCUGUGCGGGGUGACUAAGUUGUGCAAGGUAGGAGAUGCCCAGUCUCCGAAAGCAACAGACUCCUUUCACUGUUUUUCACUAGAUCCUUUCCAUGCGGCAUAGUUGAGCCUUGGUUGCAUUAUCAUGGGUGGUGUCCAGCCAUCCGCAAGAAUGUUGCAGACGCGAUAUCCCACGCGAGGACCUCCUACCCAACGAGGUCCUUUCCUUCCUUGCGUUGGUGUACGAUAUUGACGAGACUCGACAAAGCUGAAAUGGAUGUGGUGAGGCAGUGCUCCCUGGCCAGCUACAAGAAGUCUAACAGCUGGGAUAGACAUGAAGUUGGUACCUCAGCAAAUGAUUGAUAGGUGACAAAAGCUCGCAGAUUCGCCGCAGAUGCUGUUGAGUAUAUCACAAACAAAUAUAAUCAUAUAUAUAUAUAUACAGAUACACAUCAUUCAUAUCAUCAUAUCACCCUGGCUUUCAGGUCGACCUAUGCUGCACCUCGCAUUCCACUGUGCGUUUUCUGUGCUGAACACCAUCCGAAGAAAAACACCACCACGGCCUCGAUGGUGCGUGGGUCGUUCAGGAGAUCAAAACAAGCACCCCAAUAGAAAAGACCCCACUUUUUCUUAUUGUGUGUUUUAGCACAUUCCCCAAUACUGGACCUUGGUUUACCCAUUCUGCAAACCUAGUCCUGAAGAUUCCUGGGGCUGUAAUGAGGGGCAGACUACUUUGCCUGGAAGCGAGAACCCCCAAACUAAGCCUUGGUAGGCUCAGCUCUCUAGGUAUUGGAUUUGUUGUUCUCAGCAUGUCACCGUGAGUUGCUCAUGUGCAGGUGCCAGACUUUAAGGCUGGCACAGAACUGGCCAAGGCCGCCCUCAGCAAUGGCUCCGCCAUCAAAACUUUGGAGGCGUACAUCAGUGCAACAAAAGGUGCCUGAGCCUGACGUCCGACUGCUUUCACGGGCACCUGACAGCAGGGCCCGCUGCGCGGUGCGUCACUGGUGCGUCUCAGGAGGAGGUCCAGUAGGCGCUU